CGAAUUAUCGUUACUAAUCGUAGGUCUUCAUCCUUCAAUGUUUCACUCUUUGGCAAUUACUCAAGGGUCGUUAUCUUAGCGCAUUAGCCAUUUUUACUUUUCGUCUCGAAAUUUGAAUGUGUUUCAGGACAGCGAAUCUAACUGCUAAUGAGUCUCAAUACGUCAUAUCAUCAGCAGACUGUAGUAUUGAGCUUAUUGUUGAGCAUCCUCUUGAGGCCAAACAACACACUUCCAUUUAUUUUCCCCUCCAUAAACUACUACUAUAUUCCCUUUCCUUCUCCUUCCUUACUAUCAUCAUGUCAAAUACUUCCAACAACCUCUCCAACGAAGAACUCCUAGCUUCCAAUGCCGCUCUCAAACCCCAAGUUGAGUACCUGGCAAAACAAGUUGCCCAACUCACUAAGCUCAAGAUGAGCAUGGUGAACACCCCGGAGGAAAGAGAUGAAGAAGAAGAAGUUCCUCUCAAAGCUAACUCUAGUAACACCACUAGAGGAGAGAAUCACGAACGAGGAGCUACUGAUUUCAAGGUUGACAUACCAACCUUUGAAGGAAAGAACGAUCCCGAUGACUUUCUAGAGUGGCUCGAAACUGUUGAGUGCGUCUUUGACUUCAAAGAUGUGCCCGAAAAGAAGAAAGUCAAGAUUGUGGCGCUGAAGUUCCUGAAGUAUGCUUCCACUUGGUGGUCCAACCUUUCCAACCAAAGAAGGCGAGAGAAUAAGGCUCCCGUGAAGACCUGGCUCAAAAUGAGGAGCUUGUUGAAGAAUAAGUUCUUGCCCGAACAAUAUGUACGAGACAACUUUGCCCGGCUUUAACACCUAAGGCAAGGUCCUCGCUCGGUUGAAGAUUAUACUCGGGAGUUUGAAGAACUCUUAGGGGCUGUUUGUUUCAGCCUCUUAAUGGUUCAGAUGUCUGAAUGGUUCAACACUUAAUGGUUCAGAUUGUUUGUUUCAGCCUCUUAAUGGUUCAGAUGUCUGAAUAGUUAAGAGAUUUGCCUCUGAAUGGUUAAGUAUUAUAUAGAGUCUGAAUGGUUAAGACCUCUUAUCUGAAUUGAUCAGACAUUUGCCUCUUAAUAGUUAAGCAAUAUACUAGCUCUUAAUGG